AUGAUCAAGAUUAAAGGCACCGCCAAGCUAUUUCCGCCCGAGGGGGAUGUAGAGCUCUCAAUUUUGGCGCCAUUGGCCGAUUAUCUAUCGCCGGAAGUUCGCGCAAUCACAGUCGAUGACGAUGGGCUUCUUGCUGAGGUUUCUACGGAUCCGGAAGAAGACGAUACUAUGUUUAUGGCGUACCCUCCCUUGUCGCUCUGCGAGUCACUCAGCAAUUGCCGUACAGUUCAGUACUCCAAACUCCAAGAGCUCGAUCGACUUGGACCAUUUGUCGAUCUCGUGUCCCUACCGCCCCAUCCUAACAUAGUGCCGUUUGAUCGCGUUGUCCUUGCGGAGUCUCGGGUGAUUGGAUUUACAACAAAGUACAUCCCGGGUGAAACUCUCGCCAAUCCAAACGUUCCCUUUCGAUUCGAGUGGCUACAACAGCUUACUCGACUCGUGGAUUUUCUCAACCUCGAAUAUGGGAUUAUGCACCAAGAUAUUGCACCCCGAAAUCUACUCAUCGAUCAUUCCACGUCUAAGAUUCUUCUUUUCGACUUCGAUCGGGCUGCAUCUGGAGAUAAAAACUUACACAACGGUCAAGAUGACGUCAAUAGCGUUGUGUUCACACUUUACGAACUUAUCACGAAUGAUACAUCUUUUUCAGGUAUCCCUCAUUGGGAGCGAAAUAUUGAUAUGGUACAAAGUAUCCCAGCGUGGAUUAGUUAUCGCAAACUGGACUCUGAGGUAUCAAAAUUCCGCGAAUACCUGAAUGAAUGGGUGGCAACACGAAGAUCCGACGUGGAUGGGGACAUGCAACGAUAUCUGAAUGCACCAAACCGACUUAGGCUGCCGGACCUACCUACGGCGCCCGAGUACACUGUACCAUUCGAGAUGGGCACAAGAGAUGGAAAGCCAGUCUGGAGAACGGGCCUUCGGUCUAGAAACAUUGCAAUGAAGCUGGGGCAGCAUUGCUUUCGCUGGGAGAGGCCACCACAAAACCGCUUGUUGAGAAAGAAUGAAGACACUGUUAAACUUACGGACGAUGGUGCUCUUUCGCAUUGA